AGCUGUUGCUUUUUACAGUCUCGAAGAUAUGAUUCCAGAACUACCAUAUUUUCUCCAGAAGGUCGCUUGUACCAGGUUGAAUAUGCAAUGGAAGCAAUUGGACAUGCAGGUACUUGCUUGGGAAUUCUAGCAAAUGAUGGUGUUUUGCUAGCAGCAGAGAGGCGCAACAUUCACAAGCUUCUUGAUGAGGUGUUUUUCUCGGAGAAAAUAUACAAACUUAAUGAGGAUAUGGCUUGCAGUGUCGCAGGAAUAACUUCAGAUGCCAACGUUCUAACAAAUGAACUGAGACUCAUUGCGCAGAGGUAUUUGUUACAAUAUCAAGAGCCGAUUCCUUGUGAACAACUGGUGACAGCACUAUGUGAUAUCAAGCAGGCUUAUACACAGUUUGGAGGAAAACGUCCUUUUGGUGUUUCGUUGCUCUAUAUUGGCUGGGAUAAGCAUUAUGGAUUUCAGCUGUAUCAAAGUGAUCCUAGUGGAAAUUAUGGAGGGUGGAAAGCUACGUGCAUUGGGAAUAAUAGCGCUGCAGCUGUGUCGAUGCUAAAGCAAGACUACAAGGAAGGAGAAAUGACCUUAAAGACUGCACUUGCAUUAGCCAUUAAGGUUCUAAACAAAACCAUGGAUGUUAGCAAACUCUCUGCAGAGAAAGUUGAAAUUGCAACACUGACAAGAGAGAACGGAAAGACAGUAAUAAGGGUUCUGAAGCAAAAGGAGGUGGAACAGUUGAUAAAACAACAUGAGGAGGAGGAAGCAAAAGCUGAACGUGAAAAGAAGGAAAAAGAACAAAAAGAGAAGGAUAAAUAGAAUAUGAAAUCAAGUGUUCUGUAGAUAACAUAGGACCUGCUUCAGUAAAAGAUGAUCUCGAUUUCUGUUUUGUAGAAGCCUUCAAAUAUGCCAUGGAGGACCUAGAAUUACUUUUGAUGAACCAGGUCCUUAAUAAUCAUUGAGAUAAUUAGUUUACUGUUCCUUACAUUGACCAACAACUGCUUUAAUUCUUGAACACUCUAUUUCUUUCAUCUUCUAUUUUUUAUUAUGGAAUAAAAUUUAAGAAGAAUAGUGACGGGUGUCUUUAUUUCCUCAGUAAUGCCUGGAUAUGCACAAUCUUGAGGGAUUUAAUCGCUUUAAACCAUUAAAACAAGGUAUAUGCUAGUUGGUAAAGAACAAAUAUGGUGUUAGAAUUGUUAGAAUUUUGUGUGUAUGUGUGGGUUUUCCUUUUAAAGUAGUGAAAAGGGCUUCUAAGUUUGAAAAAUCAUUUCACAAAUACAGAAUUAAAGUGUGCUGGCAUGCCAA